ACUCUGAAGAGGAAGGAGAAGGACUACGAGCAUGAGAUGGAGCGUUUGGCGCGGGAGAAGAUCGCCUUGCAGCAGAGACUUGCCGAGCUCAAGAAUGAGCUGAGUCAGCGAUUGGACGUGAUGGAGAUCGACCGCAUUCUUCGACAGACUGUCCAGCCAGAUGAUGACCAGGCCUCUACCUCCACUGCCUCAGAAGGUGAAGACGACAUUGAUGAAGAUAUCGAAGACGAGAUGUUAUCCGCCAUGCCUAGCGCCUUACCCAAAGUGCCUGCUGCGCUUCAGCCAGACUUAAUGAAGUCCCAUCCUGUGUCAUGCCUCAUAACACAGCACAUCCCCAUCCCACACAAACCGUCUAAGACUUUACCCCCCAUUCCCUCAGCUCAACUAUCCCCUGUCGCCGCCGCUGCCCCGAUCACAGCACCCGCUUUGACCUCAACCCCAGCACAGGCUCCUAACGGCCCGGCAUCC